CCCCCUUCCUCCUCGUCCGUUUGGCGAGGCAGGAACGGGGCAUCGGUGCGUCGCGGGCGACGGAGCUCCUUGGCCGGAGCUCGCCUAGAUCCCUGCCAUUCCGAGGGCCAAGGCCGAAAGAAAGAGGUCGGGCCUUUUCAAUGGUUUUUCCAUCCCAGCAGAAAACAUGACAGACGGCUGGGUAGAUUGUCCCUCCUUGGGCCCUGGCUGGAAACGUCGUGAAGUUUUGCGCAAAAGUGGAACAAGGAGUGGACAUUCAGACACCUAUUAUAUAAGCCCCAGAGGAGAGAAGAUCCGCAGCAGAGUGGAGUUAUUGAGAUUGCUGGGAUGCUCACGGGAUCUGACUGAUUUUGAUUACAGGAGAGGAAUUUUUGUUGAGCCAAACACAGAGGCCUUGCCCUCAGCACCCCUCUCACCUACUGAAGGAAGUCCUCAGAGGGUCAAAAAGAGUGGCAAAAAGCACCUAUUGCAUCUGGCAACAACCACCUUACCCUCCAAGAAACCACCUUAUUUGCAGAUGUUUCUAGAGCCUCAGCCUUCUCCAGGACAGGGGCUUCUAUACCAGAAACCUUCAGACCUGGAAUUAGAGUUUCUGGGAGAGAACCAAGUCAAUAUGCAGAGUCAACAGUCAGAGCUUCCUGUUACUUUGGAUCAACCAGUAUCAAAGCCCCGCAAGCGACAUUAUCGGCAGCAUCUUCCACCCAUUCCUUCUCCAGGAAAUAUAGAAGAUGUGACAUUGCAGGAGAGCAAUCCAAAGGAAGCUAUAGCGCGCUGUGCUAGCUGUCAUGGACAGUUCCCAGAAGUGAUGCUACCAUCUCAGAGACGUUGUCGGUGGCUCUGCCCAGACUGCAGAGCUCAGAGAAGAGCUUUUAACAGGGAGCAAAGAUAUUUUAAGCAAAUUGGUUGUGGUGUGUGCCAGGCCUGCCAGAUGUCUCAGGACUGCGGCAUCUGCAGUGUAUGUGUUCUGCGAGCCCAAAGCCCCAGGUUCCACAUUGGCAUCAAAUGCUUGCUACGCCGAUGCUUGAAGAUUGUCAAAAAGGGCCUUGAGUGUGGCAUGUGUCAGGCUUGCAAGAUAACUGAGGACUGUGGGACCUGUGCGAUCUGUUUGCGGAAGCAGAGACCUGGCAUGAAACGUCAGUGGAAAUGUCUCAAGCGCCGUUGUCUCAAACGCAAGAAAAAAAUCCCACCCAAGAAGGACAGCUGCAACUCGAAGAAACUUAUAGCAGAAUCUUCAGCAAAGAAUGUCUUCACCCCAAAACAGUGUGGGCAGAAAAAGCCAACUUUAACCGCAAAAUGGAAACCUACCAUACAAAGGGAUCCAGGAGGCAAUCCUCUUGUAAGGCAUAGGAAGAAGCAAUUGGGAGUGGCGAAAGAGAGGAAGAAAAUGGGCUGUCCUCCCAAGCAUCCUGUGGCUAAACUCAAGAACUGUGUGCAUUCCUCCAAAAAUCAGCAAAACCAGACGUGUGGUGAAUGUGAAGCCUGUCUGCUGAAAACAGACUGUGGCCGCUGUGAUUUCUGUUGUGACAAGCCCAAAUUUGGAGGGAAGAACCUCAAGCAACAGAAGUGCCGCUGGAGGCAAUGUCUGCAGUUUGCAAUGGAAUCUUCUUUGACCAGUGAGUGGACUGAAGUGCCCAAAUCCCUGAGCUUACAGAUGCCUAAGCAGGAGCAGCCACAUCUGCAUCCACAGCCACCACCACCAGUGACGCUGAGGAAGGAAACCAUACCCUCUGCCUCCCACGAACCUACAAAGGAGUAUUCCAUCCUGGCACCAUAUAUCCAGCAAGAGCAAGAUAUACGCCACCACCCCAUUAAAUCCACCUGGGUCAUAGGAACGGAUCCAGAUACCCAACUGCCUGCAGUCAAUCUCCUUAUUGCCACCUCUCCCCCAAACAAGCAAGAAUAUGGAGAACCAGGUGGGAAUUGUCAGGCAUCCAAUGACUCUCUGAUAUCAGCAGGAUUCCCCCAAUUUAAGAAACUGUCAGGAACAUCAAGCACAGAAGUGGUAGUUCUUGACGAUUCAGAAGACAAUGAAGUGGGACCACUGCAGCAAAUUCAGCCUCCAGUGAUUAUGGAGGUCUACAGCCUGGGCGGUGUGCAGCCCCUCUCUCAGUUGGACAGCGUCUUGCGAGAGUUUUUAGCUGAGCUGAAUGAGAUCCCUCUCCCUGCUCACUGGGAGGUGUUGCCUCCACUUGGCAGCCCAGACCUGCGUCUCGUCCAGCACUCGAAACAUUCCACCAUGUCUGCUGCAGUCAUUCACAUCCGCCCAGGCCUUUUUUUCCAUGUUGUAGUGCAAGGUCUGCUGGUGCCUCAGGAACAUGAACUUUAUGCCAGCCAUCCUGCCCGCCUGACCACGGUUGAUGAGGUGGUGGAACUGAUCUGCGAUCUGGAGGCCUACCAACUUUGUUCGGGUUGGCCUGCAGGGUGGCCUGCUGGAGAACGGUCUGAGGCCUGUGAUGUUCUUGUUCAUUCAGGUUGCUGCCCACAGUGCCGGCUCAACCCCUGGCCAUCAGGAAGUGGCACUCACUGAGAACCAAGCUGGGCAAGGAAUUUGGAGGCAGAUUCAGCCCCCCUGAUCUGAGAAUGGGCAGUUAAUCUAAGUUUAAUUUUGACACUGGACAUGGCUUGGAUUUCUAAAAGGCUAAUUCCU